AUGGCAAACCUAUUUGACGAAGAGUAAGGACAAUACUUAAGAUUGAAUGCUCUCAAAUAUCUUGAAAAGCCACCCGAAGUCUAGCGACAAGACGAUCCAUUCGUUACCAAUGGCUCUUUGGCAAUCACAUAUAUUCUAGUGGAAACUGUGGAGUAGUAUAAGUCAGAUUAAGGGUUGAAGUUUUAACCCAGUUACGUACAUCAAGUGUUUAGAUAAACCAAUGAAAUUUACGGUUACAAGGAUCUCAAAAUCACAAUUCAUGUCACAGCCCUUGGAUUGAAGCCCUUUAUUCAAGUAUUUCAUUCAGACUACCUAAUUUAGAUAUCCUACAGCGAGCAAACUGAAGAUGCAGAUGAUCUAUAUGAGAGCUUCAAUAAAGUCUACGAAGCUGGCUUCCUUUCUACUGAAGAGCAAUUCAUCAAAGCCCUUGAGGAGGAACAAAAUCAAGAGCCUUUGGGAGAAUUAAUUGAAGAAUAUGGAGACUUCAGAAUCUACAAAUGUUAAACGGCAACCACAAAUGGGUUUAUCCAAUUCAAACCAUUUUUAUAAGCAUUUCUUUUAGUUUUAAUUGAUGGAGUCCAAUAUCCAGGCGAUGAAAAUGAAUGGGUUUACUUAACCUUAUAUGAAAAGCGUCGGUUUGUUGGUUUGACUACUGUUUUUAAGUUCAAUAUUGCGUGGAAUAAACAAAGACAUCGUUUGAGUCAAAUGCUAUUCUUACCAUAAUACCAAAGAAAAGGACAUGGCAGUAGAAUGUUAAAGACUGUUUAUAAACAAGGGUUGGAAGAUGAGAAGUGCCUACAAAUUACACUUGAAGAUCCAUCUGAAGACUUUCAAGUGAUGAGGGACAUUACUGACUCCAAAAUCUUGCAUGAACAUUUCAAAGAUAUAAUACCAAAUAAAGUAAUAAAUUAAUCAAUUGAAAUUAGGUCAUCAAUUCAAUCCAAGAGAUUGUUGAAAUACCUAAAGAAAAACUAUUUGAAAUAAUGAAGAAAACUAAAUUACAUGCAUAGUAAAUAAAGCAAGCCUAUUCAAUUUAUCUGUACGCCUUCAUUAACAAGUAAUUGAUAUGUCUAUGAUAUAUAUAAGGAAGUCUUCAAAAUUGAUGACUGAAUUUGCUAGGUAUCUACUAAGAGAACAUUAAAAACCCUAUGUGAGAAAGAGAAAUAUUUUGGUUCGAUUUGAGGAUGGCAGUUCAUUGGAUCCUAAAUAAAUGCAUCUCCUUGAAUUGAAGGAAAAGGAAGAUAGGAAUAUUAUUGCUGAAGAAAGUUUAAGAGAUGAAUUUUGCUUGUUUGAACUUAUUGCUACAAAAUUAAGGAAGGAUAAAGUAAUUUGAAAUUAAG